GCUUCCAAUUUCAUGGUUCUUGAAAUAAAUUGAAAAUUCAUAAACUUCAUACUUAAAAAGAUGCACAGAGCUCAGAACCUUUCCAUGGCUUCCGUCAUUCUGUUUCUGUUUCUAUCUUUUACUUUAUUUUUCACAGCCUUAGCUCAACAAAGAUACUCCAAUAUAAGCUUAGGAUCUUCCCUCACACCCACCACCAACUCCUCGUGGUUGUCACCUUCUGGUCUUUAUGCCUUUGGAUUUUACCAACAGGGCAGUGGCUAUGGUAUUGGUGUUUUUAUUGCUGGAAUUCCCCAGAAGACAGUUGUCUGGACUGCUAACCGGGAUGAUCCACUAGUACACAGCAACGCUACCUUGCUCUUCACUAGUGAUUCUGGGCUUGUCUUGGAAGCUCAAGGCCAAACCACUCAAGUUAUUUCUACUUCAGAGUCACCUUAUUCAGCUUCUUUGUUUGAUUCGGGCAAUUUUGUGGUCUAUAAUUCUGAUCGUCAUAUAAUAUGGCAGAGUUUUGAUAACCCAACUGAUACCCUUUUGUCUACUCAACGCCUUGAAGCUAAUUCACGGCUGUUUUCCGCUGUUUCGCAAACUGAUCACUCAACAGGAAUUUUCCGCCUUGUUAUGCAAGCAGAUGGAAACCUUGUCCAGUAUGCGGUGACAACUACUGUGACUACUAAAGAUGCUUAUUGGGCAACCGGUACAGAUGGGCAAGGGAAUAACGUGACACUAAAUCUUGAUGACGAUGGCCAUCUCUACCUGUUCAAUUUCACUGGUUUCAAUAUAAUUAAGAAUCUAACAGACGGAAGGUAUCCCACACAAAAAACAAUUUACAUUGUGAGAAUUGAUUUUGAUGGGAUAUUCAGAUUGUACUCGUACAAUCUGACACAGAAUGGAAACUGGUCAGUUUUGUGGUCAUCCACAAAUAAUAAAUGCGAUCCCAAGGGACUCUGUGGUUUUAAUAGCUAUUGUGUUUUAAAUGAUCUGGAACCUCAAUGUCUUUGUCUUCCACAAUUUACACAUGUUGUUCAGAAUAAUUGGACUGCUGGAUGUGAAAGGAAUUUCUUUCCUGAAAGUUGCAAAGAUGAUAAUGGAGACAUCAGAAUUCAAGAACUCACCAAUACUGUAUGGGAAGACAAUCCAUAUUCCGUUCUCUCAUUAUCUUUCAAAGAAGAUUGUGAGAGAGCCUGCUUGGAGGACUGUGACUGUGUUGCUGCAUUUUUUAAAGAUAGGCAGUGCAAAAAGCAGAGGCUUCCUUUGAGAUAUGGGAAAAGAGAUAUGGGUGACUCAAAUUCAGCUUUGAUCAAGGUGGGCAAAUCUAUAUCCACCACCACAGAUAGAGUUGAGCCUGGAAAGAAAAAGAGUGAUCAGCUUGGAAGGGGCAUCCUAAUUGCCAGUGUUUCAAUUGUUGCCCUUGGGCUUGUUAUGUUGGCAAUAUCUGGCUUUCUGUUAUAUAAAUCUCGUGCACAGCCAUACAAAAGGAUAAAUGCAAAUGAGAAUAUUGUAUUAUGUGAGGAAGUUGCUCCCCGAUCUUUCACUUUUGCAGAACUAGAAGAGAUAACAGAUGGUUUCAGGGAAGAAAUCGGCAGAGGUUCAUUUGGGACAGUUUAUAAAGGGCUAGUAUCGAGUACCCAGAAAGUUGCAGCUGUCAAGAGACUAGAAGGAGUUGUAUCUCAAGGGGAAAAAGAAUUCCAAACUGAAGUGAAGGUUAUUGGAAAAACACAUCACAAGAAUCUAGUACGCCUACUCGGUUAUUGCAAUGAAGGACCUAAUAGGCUCUUGGUAUAUGAGUACAUGAGCAAUGGUUCCCUUGCUGACUUGCUCUUCUCUCCUGAAAAAAGACCUUGUUUUACAGAAAGAGUGGAGAUUGCUCGCAAUAUAGCAAGGGGUAUCCUCUAUCUACAUGAAGAGUGCGAGACACAGAUCAUCCAUUGUGAUAUAAAACCACAGAACAUACUGAUAGAUGAAUACAGGUCUCCAAAAAUUUGUGAUUUUGGAUUGGCAAAGCUGCUGAAGCCGGACCAAACGAAAACUUUCACAGGAAUUAGAGGAACAAGAGGAUAUGUUGCACCAGAAUGGCAUCGUAAGCUUCCUGUUACAGUUAAAGCUGAUGUUUAUAGUUUCGGAAUUGUGUUAUUGGAGAUCGCAUGUUGUAGAAGGAAUGUGGAUCAAAAUCUUCCAGAGAUUGAAUCCAUACUUGUGGAUUGGGUUUACCAUUGUUUUGAGGCUGGUGAAAUGGAUAAAUUGGUUGGUGAUGAGGAAGUGGACAAGAGACUAAUGGAUAGAAUGAUCAAAGUGGGGCUUUGGUGCACUCUGGAUGAACCGUCCAUCCGCCCUUCCAUGAAGAAGGUUCUUUUGAUGUUGGAAGGGACAGUUGACAUCCCAGUACCACCAAGUCCUACUUCUUUUCUUACUUGCAUUUAAGAUUUGUGUUUUUGGUCUCUGCUUUUCUUUAGUUCUCAGUUAGUAAGUUGAAGUUACAGUUCGUUACUUGCUUUAAAUUUAUAAUUAUCAGUCUAUCUAGUACAAAAAGUUGUAAUGAACAAGGAUGGAAAUUCCACUUACGGUUUUUAACUUGUCA